AAACCAUGAAAGCACACACAGACACAUACAGAACCCGAAUAGCAUCUUAUGUAAGAGAGAUGGAACUGUCUAGCUCACUGGUGUUGGUUUUAGUCUUGGCUGUGUUGAUGUUGGUCUGGUGGAAGAGGAAGGAGAGUGGAUUUUCUUUGGCCCCGGGUCCACUGGCACUUCCACUGAUUGGAAACUUACUGAUCCUGGAUAAGCGUGCGCCCUUUAAAAGUUUUAUGCAGUGGAGCAAAACCUAUGGACCUGUGAUGACGGUGUACCUCGGGCCUCAGAGAAUGGUGGUUCUGGUCGGUUAUGAUACAGUCAAAGAGGCUCUGGUGGACCAGGCAGAAGACUUUUCAUCAAGAGCCCCCAUUCCCCUCGCAAUGCGAAUUGUGAAAGGCUACGGACUGGUCAUCAGUAAUGGAGAUCGCUGGCGUCAGCUGAGGAGGUUCACUCUCACUACACUGAGGGAUUUCGGAAUGGGACGCAAACGAAUGGAACAGUGGAUUCAAGAAGAGAGCAGACAUCUGCUGAAGAGCUUUGAGGAAACCAAAUCGAAACCAGUUGACCCUGUGAUCUUCAUAAGCCGGACGGUGUCCAACGUUAUCUGUUCACUGGUGUUUGGCCAGCGCUUUGAUUAUGAAGACAGAGACUUCCUGGGUUUACUCCAGAUCCUCUCCAAAGUCCUGCGCUUCGGCAGCAGCCCCCAGGGUCAGGUGAGGCUCUUUUUCGGAAACGCAUCAAUCUGUAAUCCUGGAGCAUUGGAAGGGAAACCAGAAGGAUCAAAAUACGAGUUAUUAAAAGGGUCACACUUUAAAAGAAAAGUACACAUACUAAUACUUGAAUUAAUACUUACUCACUGAAUACUCAAUGAAUAC